AUGGUAUCUUGCCUUAAGGUCAUUGAUGGGUUGAGAAGACGUACUAGGGUGCCACAGCCACCAGCACCACGCAGAAAGGACAGCAGGGCAGGGCGGAUUUGGGCUUGGGAGUGGCUGACACGGCGGCAACUACAUGGGGACUAUGACCAGCUGCUACAAGAACUGAACAAGGAGGACCGCAAAGGACACAAGAACUCUCCACGAAUCUACCCUGAAUUGUUCGAGGAGAUGGUCAAAAGGCUGACGCCUCUGUUGAAGAAGAAGGACACGAACAUGCGGCGUGCACAAGAGGUGGGACUCAAGUUGGCGGUCACUCUCCGCCACCUGGCAAGUGGGAACGACUAUACAAGCCUGCAAUACAGCUUCAGAGUCUCCCAGAGUUCCAUAUGCCGAUUUAUCCCAGUAGUCUGCCAAGCCAUUAUCGACAUAUACAAACCAGAAGUGGUGAAGUGCCCCAAAACACCAGAAGAAUGGAAUGACGGAGCAAAACGCUUCGCCUCCAAGUGGAACUACUUCAAUUGUGUGGGAGCCCUGGAUGGGAAGCACAUCGCGAUCAAGAAACCCAAAGAAGGAGGUCCUGGGGAUGGAGGAACCUGUCAGAAGUGCAACCUGGCCAGGGCCAUCGCAAACAACAGAGCAGGACUCCCACAAGGCAAAAAUCUGCCCAACGACGACGAACCCAUCCCCUUACGCAUAGUCGCCGAUGAUGCCUUCGCUCUCAAUACGUGGUUGAUGAAGCCCUACUCCCACCAAUCACAAGAUCCCACCGAACGAACAUACAGCUACAGAUUAUCUCGCGCUCGUCAUGUGGUGGAAAACGCAUUCGGCCUGCUGUAG